AUGGGUAUGUGGCCAUUCCAUUGGAAAAGUACUCGCAGAGCGUCGCGCAGUGGGGCAACCAAGUCUCGCUCGGAAGACUCAACCAUGCACAAUGCUGGCACACAGCGGGACCCUGGAAAGCAUGAUGGAUCCGAUUUAAACCCUUCAUCGGUCCUUGAGCGAAGGAGGAGCCGGAGGGACACUCAAAGGAGAAGAAAACCCUCGAGGGAUUCGAAAAAACUACAGAAGCCUGACAGGCAAAGGACAUACAGUUUUUCUCCCGGUCGAAACGAUAGCAUACGCGUGCCACGAGACGCGCAUAGACCUUCUGUUCCCCCCUUACUCGCAGACGCCCGAGACGGAGAAGAAGCAACAACUGGAGUUACAGGUCAACAAGCUGAGAGUUUACAGGAUUGGCAGAGGGUGCCAACAUUACACAAGAGAGGCGCUGCGGAACUUUCAAGACGAAAGUCGAGUAAGAAGCGUAAGGAGGAUUAUAAUAGGGAGGAGGAAAUUAAAGCAAUGGUUUCUUUUAUGCCUAAUAGACCGGCCGUAGAUGCCGCAUCUUCUGGUCGUCCCAUGAAGAGGGAUAGUAAGAGGAUGCGAACUGGCUUGAGGGGAAAUUUACAGAAUCCCCAUUCCGAUAUUUCAUUACCGACGGCGGAGUCGAUGCGAUCUUCAGUAUCUUCGAAUUCCGAACAUCAAACAUCGUGGAGGAUAUCUGCUUUGGAUUCAUUGGCACCACGGCCUACGAUUCGACAUUCCGAAAACCCUCGAUAUGCGCCUGGUGCAACGGGUUUUGGUUCGGAUAGAUCAGAGUCGCAGAGACGGCGUAUUUCAGAUCGCAUACAUAUUCCCGAAGAAGUACUAAGAGCAAACAAGAGAAUUGAUGAACUCGCCGAUGAUCUAGAUGCGCGAGAGCUUCGAGAGCUUAUGGAAAGAGAUCAAAAGAGGCAAGAAAGAAAGAAGGUAGCCGAAAUCCUGACGGCGGAGAGAAGGUUAGCAAGGAAGCAAGAGAAACAAAAGGCUGAAGAAGCGGCUGCAGCUAGAUAUGGCACUCCACCGCCAGAUAACAUGGAGAGGGGGGUACUAGGAAGAGAGGUAGUAGGCCUAGGUAUCGGAACUUCUGUGGUAACAACAUCAAGUAAGAGAAGAGGAUCAGAUACUUGGGACUCGGGCAGAGGAAAGCGACCUGCAGAUGCCUUCCAUAAAGACUCUGCCGCGCAUGAAACUCCAUUCGCCGAUGAGAACUUAAUCCCUUCUUCCGACCGUUCCGAGCCAUUCUUGGGAACGGCUCUGGUUGACACUAUUGGCAAAGCCAACGUAUCCCCACCGGCUUCACCACCAGGCCAUGUUCGAGGACCAUCGAGUAUCUCACAGGUAGUAAACUUGGAUAAAUCCAGGACUCCUUCUCCAUCUAAGAAGCAACGGGUAGAGCCAGAACCUGUCAAACAGCCCGUGGAAGCCAAAACCUCUCAGUCGUGGACAUCAUUCUUCAGACGAAACAAGAGACUGAGCAGAGCUCACACACCAUCCUUUUCCAACACUUCGCGAGAGACAGUCCAAAAUGGGCCACCAUCGCAUCUGGGAUAUACACCAAUGAUGAGGCAAACAUCGAAUCUUCCCAAACGAACCAUGUCAAGAUUUAGAGAAGACCUACCAGAACUUCCGAUUUCACCACCAGAUUCUCGCGUUCAAUCCCCCGAGGCUGAUGUCGUGCCCCCAAUCCGGACGGAUUAUCCGGACAAGAGGGUUAGCAUACGAAGGUCACUUGAAGAGCAACGAAGGCAUGAUACUCCAAUCAGUGCUAUGCGUUUACGAGAUAGUACUCCUACUAGUGGUCACAGAUCAACAAUUGUACCUUCACCAGAACCAACUACUCUUCUUUCACAGUCUCUUGCAUCAAUCGAUUCCGAAGGAUCAUGGCUUUCUGGAAAAAAGACCACUUCAAAACGAGGAUCUACUCAAUUGACAUUGGCACCUUUACGAGAUUCCGCCAGCUCUUUACAACAGCGCUACAAGGAAUUGUCAGAAUCUUCUGAAGAACUUGGAAUCGCCGAAGACGAAUACUUUAGUCGCAUUACACCAGGUCCUGAUGAGGAGAACAUGAUGAAGCCUCAAUCCAUCGGUCUUCCCAUGGCUUCUAGCGACGAAGAAGAUGGAGGCAGCAUAAAACAAAGCCCAAUCCGGGAAGAAAAAACAAAAUGGGGAGCUGUGGCAAGACAUCCUACAGUGGUUCAUCGUGAACGAGCAAAAUCUCGUGAAGGACUUUUGGGCGAGGCCGCUGGAGGUUUUGCGAGCGACCGUAGAAGUAUUAGCUACCAGGCUGAAUUUGUCGACGAGGAUAGCCCUGGUAUGAGCAGAGCUACAAGUGUCGACUUCGGACAUGUCAGAAGAGUUAGUGCUGGUAGCGCGAGACUGCUUGACAUGAAGUCAAGAGCUUCAGGGGAGAGGAGAAGGACGAGUGUGAGUCACAAUGGCUCGUAG